AUGGGGGACAGCAAACCGCUUGAAAUGACGUCUCGGGGGAGAAGCCAAAAGGUGCGCGAAUUGGACACGGACUACCAGCCAGUAAACUGGAAGCGGGUGUUCCUGGCGCCCAAAUACCUCGCAUGUUGGAUUAUCACGAUCAUCGCCAUUGUUUUGACCAUCCUUCUCACCGUCUACCAUGACCAAGUCGUUGAGCUCUCCUCUGCGGCGUGGUAUACGGGUUAUGGAUCGGGUUCGGAGUCGUGGCCGCGGGGACAUUCUUUGGCGAGCUAUCUCGUCCGCCGCAAAGCCGAAAAGCUCGAACGGACGAACCUCAACUACGGCGCCCUCGCCCGCUUGACGCGUGACGGCAGUUUCUGGAUCGUCCUCCUCAUCCGCUUCUCCGCCAUCCCCUCCCACUUCAGCACGGCCGUCUUCGCCACCUGCGGCGUCAACUUCUGGGCCUUCGCCAUCGCCACGCUGCUCACCCUGCCCAAGCAGAUCUUCCUCGUCUACCUGGGCGUGCUGCUCGUGCAGGACCACGCCGACAACUCGGCCAAGAACAUCGUCUUCGCCGUCGCCUUUGUCGCCACCCUCGCCAUGGCCGUGUACAUCUGGUGGAAGAUGCGCAAGAUCAAACGCGUGCUGCUGGAGGAGCAGGCUGCGAGGCGGAAGGCGAGGGUUGUUGGUGGGGAUGUGGUGGGUGAUGAGGGAGAGGGGAGGGAGUGGUUGAUGGAAGGAAGGGUGGUGGCGUCGCCGCAGGGGGCGAGGGAGUAUGAGGUUGUGGCGCAGGAGGAGGCGGAUAUUGGGAUGGUGGGGGCGGGGAGGGAUGGGACGCCGGAACAGCAAGGGCCGUAUUAUCGUACUGAGUUCCAGUAUCAUGGCGCCGGUGGGAGGGGGGAUGUUGGGAGGGAGCCUGUCAGAGAGCAGGCGUGGGUAUGA